ACGUCUUUUUGGGAAGGAGCAUAUUUAAUGACUUGCUCAGUGGUGUAUAGUGCAUAGCAAAUUCAUUCUCAUAUAAUCGGUCCUUACACAAAUAAAGGAUCAUUAUGGCAAAGAUGGCAACAAUGAGAGGUAGAAUGAAAUACGAGGAUGAACUUUGUAUACAUAAGCACAUGCUGGACAUCGAGAGGGAAAUUGAAGCUAAGGAGCUAACAGGACCAUUGUUUUCAAGGAAACUGAUAGAUAUGGAUGACAUGGAGUCAAUUGAAGCUGGACGCACCCGGCCAGAGAGAGCAAGGAGACUCUUAAAUAUACUUGUCUUGAGAGGACCAACUUCAUUUCAAGGACUUAUUGAAUCUCUGGAAGUGAUGGGUUACAAUGAACUUGCUAAGCUGCUAAAGUCAUCAUGUGCAUCUGAAAAAGAAGUUAUGUCAUUAUUAACUGACAGUGAAAGGGCAACUGAUUUAAAUGAUGAGAUGUCUAUACUCAAGGAAAGGGUUCAGGAAGUUGAGAGGACUGGUGCAAACAAAGAGGAUUUAAGAGAUUUAAGAAGCGAUGUCACCCACGAACUGCAGAGUGUGAGGGUUACCCUGAAAAAAAUAGAGGAGCUUUCUCGCGUAAGUAGAGAAACGGUUGGAACUAUCAACAAUCUUCAGCAAAAGCUUGACGAGAAGGAGCAACUUCUUGCAGAGGCUAAAAAGCAGAUUGAAGAAUUACAAGCAAAGGUUGGUAACUUAGAGGCGGAAAAUGCUGUGCUGAAAAGUAGCAUCAAGGAUCAGCAGCAGCAACUAGUUAUCCUGAAAAAAGAAAUGAAGACAGAUAAAAAAGAAAUGGAAAACCGUAUCAGUGACAUAGAAGCUGUCAGAGAACGCGAUAAGCAAGAAACCCAAGCCCAAUUUUACAAGAUGCAGCAGGAGCAGCAAGCUAAAACUGAUGAAUUAAUGGCAGCCUUUCAAACAUUAACCCAUACACAGCCUGAGAUAAAGAGAUCAACGAAAAAGACCGGGAGACUGAAGAGCCUGUUGAAAGUAAAGCCAAUUGUGCCAAAGAAUAGGUUUCAAGAUGAUAGAAAAUAGAAAAUUCAUUGUGGGAAGACCUCGAUGAUUGUCGAUACUCUAAUCAAAAUCAUUUGUCAUUCAGAUGUACCGGCUUUUGUAUCACGUCAUAUUUGGACGAAACACAUUCGGGAAAAAGUAAUCUGAGAACUGUCUUUGUGGUAUACCUUUUGUACACAAAACUAAGACAUAGUUUCGGAAAAGUGAAUGCCUCUAGGGUAUUUAGAACUAUGGAAUGAGACUGAACAAAAUGGAGUACCAAGUCAGAAGUUCCUUCUGAUUUCUUGUAUGGGUAGAUAAUCCUUGCGGAGUGCACAUGGUGUGAGUUGAUCAACAAGCAUGGUCAUGGCGGGCCUCAUGUGAAAAGACUCCGACUAAACUUUAAAUAGACAGUGAGAUGUGUUUGCAGCAGAGCAUUUUUGUUAUGUCUUGUAGCAUAUUUUCUAAUUCAUAUACUUCACUCAUUUUGUUGAAAUUAUGUUUUUUUGGUUAUCGUAUCUGGGUCAAAGCAUUAUGUGGUUUAAUGGGAACUUCCUACCUAUAUUUAUACAUUGUGGCCUCCUACCAUUUAAUAUAUGUAGGAAAGAGGUCUUUUGUAUCUGUGGGUGGGGUAUAUAAGUAUCACUGGCAUACCCGGGGGUCUAGGGGUGUUGAUGGCGUCGAGGAUACAGGGGUUUUCAGACACAUUACGCGUCGACCUGUGACAGCCGUACCAUCUUGAUCGCUUUGUGACUUUUUAUCCAUCUCUGGGUACGCAUCUUCCCGAGGCAAGGGCGUUAAGUGACUGUAAGAGUACAGUUUCCACCCUUGCCGAACUAGGCCCGAAUUUCCAGGCUUGAUCGUAGCGCCUCAAGCGUCUAUUGCGAGUUAUAUGCUUUCUACGUCCCUCCUAUUGACCAAUCAGAUUCCACAUGUCAUAUCUACCUGUGAAGAUUCGGGGUGGAAUAUGUCUUCAGCAACCCAUGCUUGCCGUAAAUGGCGACUAUGCGUGUCGUAUGAUUAUCAUUUAAAUGUAAACUAUAUAGGAAUAGUACUGAGUAUCCAUUGAAUGUAUACUAUAUAGGAAUAAAUAUA